AUGACCUUCGAGGCCAACGCAUCACGCAUCACGGAGCAGCUGUGGUUGGGCAAUGCCAGCGCAGCCACAGCCCCGUUGGAGGAGCUCAAGGCGCAGGGCAUCACCCACGUGCUCACCCCCGCCAUGAUCGCCGGCUUCACCCACCGCCUCUACGCCGAGGAUCUGGUCUACCUCCAGUACCACAUCGCGGACUUGCCCGGCUGGCCCAUCAUCCCGCUGUUCCCUGAGGCCAGCCGCUUCAUCAGCGAUGCCAUCGCAUCUGGCGGCUGCGCGUAUCUUAUGGAGGCCAACGGGUGGUCGUUCGCCGACGCAAAGUACCACGUGCGCACCCAUCGGCCGCAGAUCAGCAGCAAGUUCGAGGAGCAGCUGCGACUCUGGGAGGGCAUGCGGUGCAGCCUCGACGGCGACACACCAGCGCACGCCACCGCCCGCAGACAGGGGGUGCUCUCCCGCCACGUCAAAAAUCGGGCUGCUCCGGUGGUAAAAGACAAAAAUGAUUCCGGCGAGUGUUGA